AUGAGUAUCGUUAUCCAUGAAAAUAGACUGUUUGACUCAUCAGAUGGCUAUUUCGGAACGUCCAGGGGUGUCCUUUUAAAACAAAGACCCUACCCCCGUUACUCUAUCCGUAACUUUAAUUACUGGUCAUCCCGURGCAUACCCGGACCCAAACCKUUUCCAUUAAUAGGCAAUGCUAUUGAUUUUAUGAUUAAACCACUUUCUGAUGUAUUUAUGGAUAACUUUAAUAUCUAUGGCAAAGUUUACGGCUCAUAUUUGGGUAGUCGACCAAUACUUAUGGUAUCGGAUCCUCAGUUAGUUAAACAAAUAUUUAUCAAAGAUUUCAAUACGUUUGUCAACCGAAACGAUCACAAAACAUACGAUGAAUUACAGGACAGAUCUCUAUUUAAUAUCUCUAAAUCAACCGAUUGGAAGAAUAUGCGAUCGAUUAUAUCGCCAACAUUUUCGUCAAAUAAAAUGCGUUCAAUGCAUCCGAUUAUUAUCGAUUGUGUACAACGUUUGGACGAUUAUCUGGAACCGAAAGCCCGGAACCGGGAGACUAUUGAAAUGAAAAAAACAAUGGGCUGUCUGACAAUGGAUGUUAUAGCUACCUGUGCUUUCGGUACGAAAAUCGACAAUACCUACGAUGACCGUAAGCCCAGUGAAUUUGUACAGAAUUGUAAACAAGUUUUUACCACUGGUUUGCGAUCGAUUAUCUAUAUGAUUAUGCUAUCGAUUUCAUCGAAAUUGUUUAAAUUAACUGGUUUUAAAUUUAUGGCACCAUCGGUUGAAAUUUUUUUUAAACAAGCGAUUCAAUCGAUUAUAGAUAAACGAAAAUUGGAAAAAGAUCCGAAUAAACAUAAAGAUUAUUUGCAAUUGAUUUUGAAUGCAAAACACAAUCAGGAAAUGGGUAUCAAUAGUAGUGAUGAACAACAAUUGGAUUCAAAUCMAAAUARUGGUAUWGAAAUCUAUGGCAAACAAUCRGAUAAUACUAUAAAGACAACAAAAACAAUUAGUGGUAACACYAAAACCGUGAUAACCGAUACCGAUGUUAUGGCCUCAUCGAUAACAUUUCUAGUUGCCGGCUACGAGACUACCAGUUCAAUAYUAUCACUACUAUUCUAUAAGCUGGCAYUGRAUGAGGAUUGUCAGCAAAAAUUGUUUSASGAAAUCAUAAAAUACGGUCGUAAUGAUGAUGAUAAUGCUAACACCGAUGAUAAUAAUGAUGGCCAACAACCACACCAACAAUACGAUUACGAAACCAUACAUAGGAUGCCAUAUCUGGAGGCAUGUGUUGCCGAAACAUUGAGAUUAUACAAUCCGGUUGCUUAUAUACAGAGAUUGGCUGAACAGGAUUAUACUAUUGAGAGUCUGGGCUUAAAAAUACCUAAAGGACAGUUCAUUGGUUUUAAUGUCGAAGCUAUGCAUCACAAUCCCGACUAUUAUCCCGAACCGUAUCGUUGGAAUCCCGACCGAUUUAUGCCCGAAAAUCGUGAUCGAUUGGUUCCCUAUACGUAUAUGCCGUUUGGUUUGGGACCCAGAAAUUGUGUGGGUAUGCGCUUCUCACUGAUGGAAACCAAGASAGCGGUCGUCCAUUUGAUUAGAAAGUAUCGAUUUUUUCGGACACCCGAAACCAAUUUGCGGCCAAAACAAAAAAUUAUGCAAAUGUUGAUUAAUCUGAGUCCACUGGAUAUUGGUAUCGAAUUGAGAUAA